AUGUCCCACCCACAAACAACCUUCCGCCAAACAACCUUCACAGCCCCCUCCCUCCUCCGCACCCGCCGCGCCACCGUCUCCCGCACCACAGUCCACGCCCAACUCUCCCAGCUCCGCGCCAACGGCCAGUACGACUGCUUCAAGCUCGGCUGGCACCCCAUCUACGACGACCGCUCGCGCUGGCCCGCGCCCCUGCACCUCUUCUGGGACAGCGACGUCGCCAAGUGGAUCGAGGGCGCGUGUUACUUCCUCGUGGAAGAGUACGAUGUGGAAGUCGACGCCGCCGUGCGGGAGCUCGUCGCCAUGAUCCGCGGCGCGCAGCACGAGGAUGGCUACCUCAACGUUCACUUCUCCGUCGUGGAGCCGGGCAAGAGGUGGACGAAUAUUCGUGACAUGCAUGAAAUGUACAACGCCGGCCACCUCAUCGAAGCAGCCCUAGCACACAGACAAUACUACAGAAACGACCUCCUCAUGGAACCCAUCGCAAAAUACAUCUCCCACAUCCACCGCCGCUUCGGCCCCGGCGAGGGCCAGAUACGCGCCUACCCGGGCCACCCGGAAAUCGAGCUGGCCCUCCUGCGGUGCUACGCGGCGACGGGCAACGCCGAGGCCUACGACCUCGCGCGCUUCUUCCUCGAGGAGCGCGGGAACCCGACAGGCCAGGGGGGGAAGCACUACUACGACUGGGAGAUGGAGCGGCGCGACGAGCCGCGCUGGAAACGGCCCAACUCGUGGCCCAUGGACAGGUCGUACUGGUACUGCCAGGCCCACGUCCCGAUCCUCGAGCAGGAGUCCGUCGAGGGGCAUGCCGUGAGGGCGAUGUACCUCCUCAUCGCGGCCGCCGACCUUUUGAAUAUCUCACAGAAAAGCAGCAGCGGCAGCACGGCUCCAGUCCGACCCCUGACCGCCGCCCCAGCCUGGCUCGUCGCCCUCCGACGCCUCUGGUCCUCCACAGUCGACAAGAAAAUGUACCUCACCGGCGGCGUCGGCGCCGUCGCGCAGUGGGAAGGCUUCGGCAUCGACUACUUCCUCCCGCAGGGCCCCGACGAGGGCGGCUGCUACGCCGAGACGUGCGCCUCGGUCGGGGUGAUGAUGCUCGCGGAGCGCCUGCUGCACGCCGACGGGCCGGCGCCGAACGGCCGGUACGCCGACGUCAUGGAGCUGUGCCUGUACAACAACGUCAUGACGGCCAUGAGCGCCGACGGUAAAGCCUUCACGUACGAGAACCAGCUCGCGAGCUGCGAGGCGGCGAGGAGCGAGAGGGAGGACUGGUUCGUGUGCGCUUGUUGUCCGCCGAAUGUGACGAGGCUGUUUGGGAGUUUGGGGGGGUAUCUUUGGGAUUAUGGGGGUGGGAGUGGUGUGGGUGAGGAGGGGAUGACGGGGGCGGCGUUUGUGAAUGUGCAUUUGUAUACCAGCGCCGAGGUGAAGUUCCCGGUGGAAGGCGCCGAGGUGACGUUUUCGCAAAAGUCCAACUGGCCGUGGGAAGGCAACAUCCUCUUCCAACUCAAGGGCGCAGAAUCCCUCGAUACGACUAUUCGCCUGCGCAUCCCAGCCUGGGCGGCACAGUAUGGCCACGUCCUCACACCUACGCCACCCGCGGGGACGGCGACCCUCGAAAAGGGAGGCUACCUCCGCCUAGACCCCUCCUACACGGCCUCGAACCCAGUCUUCUCGCUCGACGUCGGCGGCGCCAGCUUCGCGCCGCGGUAUAUCGCGCCCCAUCCGUACACCAACCAGCGCACGCUCAGCCUGGCGAGGGGACCGAUCGUGUACUGCGUCGAGGACGCCGAUCACGCGUGGGAGGAGAAUCACUUCAAGAACGUGGGGAUCAAGAGGGGGACGGCCGUGGCGGAGGAGUGGAGGGUUGACGAGAAGAGUGGGGAGGGGUAUUUCGCGUUGAAGACGACGGGCUGGGAACGGUCGCCUGAGGUCCUGGCCAGGGGUGAGGAAGGGACGAAGAGGGAGCUUGUGUUUGUGCCGUUUUACUUUCGGUCGAAUAGGGGCGGUAAGGGACAGAUGAGGGUUGGGUUGAGGGACGAUGGGAGGUGAAUGAAGGGUAAACUUAUGUAAGUUGAGAUACCUAAGGUAUGCAAGAUUAUGAUUCGAC